CAUUUUUGAAGCUUAUAAGUAACGAAAUAAGAAAAAAUCAUCAACCAAUAGAGACGCCUUGGUGGUCUAGCGGUAUGAUUCUCGCUUAGGGUUCACCCAAAGUUUAACUUGCGAGAGGUCCCCGGUUCAAUCCCGGGCCAAGGCCAAACACCACACGAUGUUUAACUUUUUUUUUCUUUCUCUUUUGUAUCCGAUUGAAUUGAAUAGUCAAGUCGAAAACUCGGCCCGGAGGACCGGAGGGAGUUUGUUAAACCGUCUUUUUUGGUCUCCUGAGAGAUCUGCCUUGUUCACCUCGAGACCAGCUUCAGUCGAGGUCUAUCCAGCCUAUCUCAGUAAGUCCCUUGAUGGCCCAGGAAUCUACGCAAAGAGACAGGCCACAUCAAGUGCUUCAUCAUUUGAAUAGAACAGGCUGUUGUAGGCAAUAAAAUAAACUUUUGAAAAGUACGUCGUAUAAAGUUAUAUUGAAUUGAUUACUUGUGAGCAAUGUGCUCUCGAACAUUACAGAUCAGGCAAGAAAGAGGCAAAAAAAGGGGGUGCCAGUGCACCAUGGGUCUUACCGCGACUCGAACGCGGGGCCUCUCGCAAUGUUGAACUCAAGGUAAGGUAAACCCUAAGCGACUGCGUCCACGUUACUUCGUUAGGACAACCUUCCUCAGGAGGAUGUGGAACACCUACGAAUCAUACCACUAGACCAUCUGCACAUAAUUAGCAGGUGUCAAAUUUGAUGGCAACGUCGGGUUGAUCUUACAAGACCGGAUUUGCUCCAAUUUGAACCAAAUUUGCACGGAUCUUGCUAUCUCAUUAUAUGUAGGCUGUGAAGAAAGUGGGCAACUCACCCUCACCAUGACCUUACUGGUCCAACAAACGAGUCGCAAUAAUAAUCGUGCAGGUGUGGUGGGCUACUUGUAGGUAGCUGGUAGUUGCUGCUCAAGCUGAGGACUUUUGCUUGCACAUGCGUGAGGAUUUUGCUCUGAGCUGGUGACUGGUCCUGCACAAAGAGUGGUCGCUGGUGAGGAAUGAAAUGAUGAUGUGGCAGUCAAGAUGAAGCAGCUGGUCCACGGCUCGAGGACCAGAAUGACUGAGCGUUUCAAAACACACUGGCGCACAGCCUAUCACAGCGCCGUCCAGGUCCCUGAAGAUCUCUCGCUUGGUGUUGUCGCAAUCCCGCCAGUCUGCUCUUAGCCUAGGCAUUGCCCCUGGCUGUCACUCCCUGCACGUCCCCAGCCUACCAACACCUCCCCUCCGCCACCAAGAUCAAAAGACCAGAACACUCGCAGAUGCGGACGGAGGCUAGAGAUUCGAUGCCAGACCAUUCCAAGCGAGCCUGGACUUCAGCUGUUGUGGUAGGGGAUGGCAUGAAAGGCAUGAAUGGCUCAUCCGAAGAUGAGAUAGGAGAAGUCUUCAGAUGGAAAAGAUCGUCGUAGCUGCAUGACUGCUUUCUUCUUCUUCUCUCGAUACCAAUAACGAUCUUCCAUGCCCAGCAGGCAAAUUUUCGACCUUCAUAGCCUCCAUCAGGCCUUGUUUGCGGCCAAGAAGUGGGCUUUGGGCUUCAAAGCCUCAUCGUACGUGUAAUGUAUUCGGCAUCAAUUCUUAUUCACUGGGAAGCCAAACACCAGAUGCCUGCCAGCCAUUUUCAAGAAUGCUGGAUGCAUGAAUGAUGAUAUUUUCCCUCCAUG